AUGGACACGGCCGAAGAAAACUUUCUUCAAUUAUACAGCGAAUCCCCAGCAUCCAUCCAAGAACUUGACAAAAUAUCAAAUUUGGAGUACUCAACAAGCGGCGAAAUAUUCAGUUACACAACAGAUUCCUCUCUAAAAAUAUACUCAGCCACAACCAACAGUUUGAGAAACAUAAUCAGUGUAAAAAUCGACACAAUGAAGUACUUUCAAAACAACACAGUGCUCCAUAGCAAGGACAAUCUAAUAUUGUACCUUUCCAUCUAUGAUAAUAGAUACAUGAGAAAGUUUGAGGCCCACUGUGAUGAUAUCUGCUCGAUAUCGGUAAAUUCCAACAGCGAUACCUUCAUGAGUGUUGGAAAAGAGAGGAUCAAUCUGUGGGAUAUUCGAUAUCAAAGCCCCGUAUUUUCCUUGGAUUCCAAUGGAAAGCUGGGUGCACUUAGCAAGGAGUAUGACUAUGCAUUGUCCGAUAGCAAUUUUAUUUACAUAUUUGAUUGGAGAAACGACAAAGGACCUUUGGCAGUUAAAAAUAUAAAACCAAAUUUCUACCAGAAGCUGUGGUACACUGGCGAUGGCGCAUGCAUUUGUCUGUCUACAUACAAAAACCACACGUUUCUCGAUUCCCAAGGCAAUUUUAUGUCAAACUUUCUAUUGGAAAAUAGCUGUGAUCCUGAUAUCAUCAAUGAAUCAAACAUAUUGAUCAGUGGAUCCUCAAAUUAUAUAUUCUCGUAUAAAAUACCAGAUAAAAAAGUUAUUGGAAGAGCUAGCCUUCAAAACUUUGAGUGCAGUACAGUGAGAACCAAUCCUGUUCAUCCCCAGUUUAUUUGUGCAACAGAACACCAGCUUAAGAUUUGGAAUAUGGACGCUGGCUGA